AUGACCCAGCCUCGGCCGGACGAGUUCAAGCCGCCUCAGGAGUGCCCAGUCUUCGAACCAAGCUGGGAGGAAUUUGCCGAUCCUUUUGCUUAUAUAAAUAAGAUACGUCCAAUUGCUGAAAAAACGGGUAUUUGCAAGGUCCGCCCGCCUCGGGUAAGUGUGGUCGAGCUGCUGAAUGGUUUAACAGAUUCUUUAAAACCAUUUUAACAACAAGACUGACAUCAACUACAAACGGGGGGUUAAAGGGACCUUUUCAACAUGGCGGAUGAAGGAUUUGCUGAUUCUUUUGUAUCAUUAAAAUGUUUAUAGUUAACUAGCUACAUAAUCUAACUAGUUUUAAUAGCUAACGUUAGCUACCUGACCAACUGAAUGAGUGGCAUUGUGUAGCUGCAGGCAACGUUAGUGAAAAUAACUUGCUAACGUAACCUGCUUAGACAAUGUUAUCUUUGUGCUUCAAUCAUCACUGAAACCGGCUGCUAGCUAAUUUAACUAGCUAGCUAACGUUAGCUGAUUUGAACAAGUCGUGAGAUUAUCGUUUCGUCAACGACAGAUGUCAAAUUAGCAAGUGCAAUGACCGACAGUGAAGUCUGUCAGUUUAGUGUAAAAAUACAAGUUAAUUAGCUAGCUAGUUACUUAAAACAAACAGCAUUCAAUAAACCAAAAAACUAGCUAUGUCAAUUGAAUUUACGUGGAGACUGACAGGUGGGAAUUGAUUAGCGUAGCGCUUGCUAAAUUGGCUAGUUUUGUUAUCAGGCGAGAAAACAAUACACACGCAUACACCAUUUGUCUUUGGCAGAAGAUACCGACACUACCGUUAUGCUUGUUUACACUGAGCUGCACUGGGGUCUGAACGCAAUCUACAUUAAGACACUGUGGAGCCAGCGUGAAAUAUGGGUCAGAAAACCUACCUCAAUCCAGGGAUGGAAUAUGCCACUGUACUCCAAAUUGUACCUGUAACCACACUGCUCCAUUGAGAAGAUUGAAAUACUUUUGUUCUGUAUCUAUGGACACGACCCAGUCAUUCCUUUUAAAUGUUCCAUGCCAUACUGGCUGGCAACGUUCUUAUCCCAUGCUUGCUAGCUAGCCAACUACGGCUAACUUAGUCACGUCAAACUUAAAAAAGAAUAACAACAGUAGCUGCAUUUGUUUAAGCUGUUUUCUAGUUACAUUUAUUUUGGAACAUACAUAACAAUGAGCUAAUGAGGCGCGAUUUUGCCUGGCAUAGAAAAUGUGCUCUCUCGUCAGGACACUGUUGUUCACAGGAGCUAGCCAACAACACAGCUACAGUAACACAAUCACUUCAAACACUGAAGCUGUAAAGACUGCAAACUAGCUGCACUUCAUUUCGUUUUACCUUUUUUCAAUUGACAUUUCUUUGUAUAUAUCCAUAAAAAUGAUGCCAGCUGAUUAAUGAUUUAGACUGGCUGAGAAACGCUGCCUGUCUGUCUCGUCCCGACCCCUACACGUUCAUUACUAUGGGACUGCUGGAGAUCGAAUUUGAAUAUUGAAACAAUGUUGCAAAUGUUGGAGAGACAGACAGCAAGGUUUAUACAAAUCUCCGCUGUUGAAAACUAAAUGUCAGUCUAAAAGAAAUGUGAGAGAAUGUCUAGAUGGUUUUUAUAGUGGAGAUCAAGUUUAUAAUUUGCCUGGCUGGGCUGAUGAGACAGUGGAUUGCGCAGUCAGGGCAUUUUAACGUCAUAGAUUUAGCCGGUGGUAACUUGUGGAAUAGACACCGGCAGGAAUGCGCUUUUAACCAAUCAGCAUUCAGGAUUAGAACCACCCGUUGUGUAACAGCCAUUAUGGAAUGGCACAUGGAGUUGAACAACAAAGGAGUUGAUUGGCUGACAUUGCCAUUCCAGAAUGGCUAUAGUGGCUACUGCUAGCUAGCGUGCCAUGAGGACGAAAAUGGCAGUUUUCUGGGAAAACGAUCAGUAUUUCAAUAUUCUCGAUGUAUCAGUGUGGAUAAAGGUACAAUUUGGAGUACAGUGGCAUAUCCCAUUCCUGCAUUGAGGUAUGUUUUCCGACCCAUAUCUCACGCUGUCUCCACAGUGUCUUAAUUUAACCCCAGUGCAGCUCCGUGUAAACAAGCGUAACAGUAGGGUCGGUAUCUUCUGGGAACUCUUGUCUUUAAUUGAUUAGCUUGGUAGAUCAAAAAUAAUAGGCAAACUUUUGACCUUGUCUGACCAUAGUCACUGGUAGGGUUGCAAAAUUCAGUGAACUUUCAAUAAAUUCCCAGGUUUUCCAGAAAUCCUGGUUGGAGGACUGGGAAUUUCCUGCUUAUUCCCUACAGAUUUCGGGAAUAUUUCCAAUCAGGAUUUUGUGAAAACCAGGGAAUUUAUUGAAAUUUUUUGCAACCCUAGUCACUGGAAAUGACAAAGAGUUGUAACUUUACAGAGACGGUUGAUGUUGGUUGUUUAGCUACUAUGAAUGUUGUUUUUGAUGUCAUUCAGACAAACUUCUAACUAACUUCCCACAACUAAGGAUCACCUGUAUUUAUUAGUCUCCAGUUUGGUGUAGCCUAAACUUAUAUUUUUCUCAACAUAUUUUUAACUGUGACCUUUUUGGAAACUGAAAUAAAAAGGGCCCCUGAACCCAAAAAGAUGGAAUCCAUAAAUUAAUAAUAGGCAUCAAUCAUAUAAUGUAUAUAGUAUUAGAUAGUUUAUUAGUCACAUGCACAGGGUCACAGAUGUAAUCGCAGGGUACAGUGAAAUUCUUAUGCGCCAACAGUGCAGGUAAAAAAAAGAUAAGUAUUAGGUAUAACUAUCCAUUAGUCUAAAAUUAGUGCUAAGUAAUUGCAUAGAUGGAUGGAAAUAUCCUGGUGCAAUGGAAUGUUCACUCAGUAGGCCCGACCGUUUCUUGGCUGUUGAGUUCCAUCUGGCCAUUUUGUUGGUCUUUAGGUGUUGUUAGUUAGGUUAGUGGGUUUAAGAUGAGGAAUAAGUCGUGCUGUAUGCUCUACAAUGCUCAUGUUGUAACCGUAAAAUAACUAGCAAAUUGUAUUGAGAGAACAGUACCUUGACCUAUUUAUGUGAAAUUAAAUUCAUUAUACAUGUCUUCCAUACCUCCUUUCAAAGAAAGACUCCAUCUAUCCUACAUAAAGCAAAAUGAGUUGGGUCUGGCCGAUGGCCAAUGUAAAGUGUUUUUGUUGAUUUUGAUGUAACUCACUGACCACGGUAGACCCAUAGACAGACUUACAGAGUUGUAGGCUAAACAUCUGUUACUGACAGGUGUCCCAUAUAGGGCAAUGACUGGUUUAUUGUAAGAUGUCCCCAUACUGCUGGGUGUUAUGUGGUACACUUUGCAUAAUUUCUUAAGCUGUGCAAUAGGCCUAUUUAUUAUGUGUAAUAUUUAAGUCAAAUAUUAAUAAUGACAUUUUGUUGUAUCCUCGUAGGACUGGCAGCCUCCAUUUGCAUGUGAUGUUGACAGACUGCACUUCACUCCUCGGAUACAGAGGCUAAAUGAACUGGAGGUAAGAAGCAAUGUUCCCUCAAAAUGUUUUCAGCACUGAGCAAAUUUCAGGUCUGCUGAGCGCAAACUUGUUGUGAAAAUUUCCAGGGCGUGUUUACUGUGAACGCUGAGGCUGUACCUGCUUUAAGUUACAGUUUCAGACAGUGGUCAAGUAGGCUACUGUGGCUAUUUGAUCAUCACAUAACAUUUUACCAUGGAAAUAGCUGUUCUAUCAUUCAGCCUACAGUAGCAGCCAACGUGUGGUGUUCAAUAUAGGCCUACAUUCCAUGAGACUUUUGAAGGAAAAAAAAGCUCUUUACCUGACUCGCUUUUCAAAGAUGUCUAGAAAUGUACACGUUUUGUGUUCUUGUAGGAAGCAAUCACUCCCCCAUUGCUGACUACAGAUUAUCUAUAACUGGGCUAAUAACUCACUAACUAGCAAAGGAAAUGAACAAAUGUGCACAGGUGGCUACGUGCAGCUCUCGCUUUGCUUUCAAAACAAGCGCAUCUACUCAUGACCCCUCAUGCUGUAAACACAGUCCAGUUCAAAGUGAAUGGCACAGAUCCAUAUAUGGCAAUGGUUUAUUUGCAUAUAGGCCUACUGCAGCUCUGAUUGGUUAUGCCGCACCGGUCUUUGUAGAGUACUGGCUGAGUCUUGUUCCAAGAUGGCGAAGUAGUGCAGUCUUGUUUCUGUCGUGUGUCUGUAAAUAGCCUGUAAAUACCCAGUUUUUUGUAUUUUUCGUACAUAUUUCCCUAUCAGACUUUUCAUCCUUCUACAAAAUAUACUUUCCUGCAACCUGCCUCACUCAAUGUGGAACGGAUUCUAUUAUUGACUUACCUUUUAUCCAGAAUCUAGAAUCUCCAGUUGAAACUAGCUAGCCAGCUAACUAGCUACUUGCUAUUAGCCACGGCUAGCGGUGUUUCACCCAGAACAUAGGAUUUUUUUCCGCAGGAUUAAUUUUAAUCACUGGACAUUGAUCACCGGAUAUUCGGCCAGUCUGCACAGCGCGUUAUCGACCCAGAACAUAUCAGUUUUUCCGCGGAAUCACUGAUUCACUGGAACUUUAACUCCGGAUUCAUCGCUUCCAGCUGGCUACAACAAAACGGACGCUGUGGUCUGGCUAAUCAACCUGAGCUAGGCCCAUCUCCCGGCUAUCUACCUCUCUAUCAACUGGACUGGACCACCUAGGAUUGACGCGGAGCCCCGCCGAUCCUACACGACUGGUCUGCCGACGAAAUCGUCUGAUGUGGUUACGACGUAACCACGAAGAUUCCAUCCAUCUGCUAGCCCUGGCCCGUUAGCACACGCUUACUCACUAAACUGAACUAGCUACUGAACUAGCUACUUGCUAUUGGCCACAGCUGGCGGUGUUUCACCCAGAACAUUUGAUUUUUUUUCCCGCGGGAUUGGUUUUAAUCACUGGACAUUGAUCGCCGGAUAUUCGGACAGUCAGCACUGCGCGUUGUCGACCCAGAACAUAUCAGUUUUUCCGUCGCUACCAGCUGGCUACAACAAAACGGACGUAGCACACGCUAGCCGUGGCCUCUUGCUCACUGGCGCUUCACCACCGGACCUUGUGAUAACUCAGCUAUACAGCUGAUAUCUGCUGGACUGUUCCUUUUUACGGUACUACAUCCUGUUUAUGUUUAGCCUCAGCCCAAACAUGGUUAGUUUAUUGUUGUUUCGGUUAUUUCUAAUUGUACUAUAUCACUGUAGACCCCCCAGCCUAGCUGAACCUGCCUUGGUUAGCCCCUUUGUCCCUCCACCCAUACACUCACAGACCGACUCAAUUUAUGCCUCUAGAGAUACUAUCUCUUUCAGUGUUACCCAACGCUUAGGUUUGCCUCCACUUUACUCAUGUCCUUCCAUAUCCUUGUCUGUUCAUAAUGCCCUGAAUCUUUUCUAUAACACCCGGAAAUCUGCCCCCUUUAUUCUAUGUACCCAACGCACUAGAAGACCAGUUCUUAAAGCCUUUAGCCGUAUCCUUAUUCUAGUCCUCCUCUGUUCCUCUGGUGAUGUAGAGGCUAACCCAGGCCCUGUAGCCCCCAGUAUCACUCCUACUCCCCAGGAGCUAUCAUUUGUUGACUUCUGUAAUCGCAAAAGUCUUGGUUUCUUGCACAUAAAUAUCAGAAGUCUACUUCCUAAGUUUGAGUUAUUCACUGCGUUAGCACACUCUGCCAACCCUGAUGUUCUAGCAGUGUCUGAAUCCUGGCUCAGGAAGGCCACCAAAAAUUCUGAAAUUUCCAUCCCCAACUAUAACAUUUUCCGUCUAGAUAGAACUGCCAAAGGGGGUGGAGUUGCAAUCUACUGUAGAGAUAGCCUGCAGAGCUCUAUCAUACUAUCCAGGUCUGUGCCCAAACAGUUUGAGCUUCUACUUCUAAAAAUCCACCUUUCCAGAAAUAAGUCUCUCACUGUUGCCGCUUGCUACAGACCCCCCUCAGCCCCCAGCUGUGCCCUGGACACCAUAUGUGAAUUGAUUGCCCCCCAUUUAUCCUCUGAGUUUGUACUGCUUGGUGACCUAAAUUGGGAUAUGCUUAAUACCCCAGCCAUCCUACAAUCCAAGCUAGAUGCCCUCAACCUCACGCAAAUUAUCAACGAACCUACCAGGUACAACCCUAAAUCCUUAAACAUGGGUACCCUCAUAGAUAUCAUCCUGACUAAUAUACCCUCUAAAUACACCUCAGCUGUCUUCAACCAGGAUCUCAGCGAUCACUGCCUUAUUGCCUGCGUCCGUAACGGGUCCGCGGUCAAACGACCACCCCUCAUCACUGUCAAACGCUCCCUAAAACACUUUAGCGAGGAGGCCUUCCUAAUUGACCUGGCCCAGGUAUCCUGGAUGGAUAUAGAUCUCAUUCCGUCAGUAGAGGAUGCCUGGUUGUUCCUUAAAAGUAAUUUCCUCUCAAUCUUAAAUAAACAUGCCCCAUUCAAAAAAUACAGAACUAAGAACCGAUAUAGCCCCUGGUUCUCCUCAGACUUGACUGCCCUUGACCAGCACAAAAACAUCCUGUGGCGUACAGCAUUAGCAUCAAAUAGCCCCCGCGAUAUGCAACUUUUCAGGGAAGUUAGGAACCAAUAUACACAAGCAGUCAGGAAAGCAAAGGCUAACUUUUUCAAACAGAAAUUUGCAUCCUGUAGCACUAACUCCAAAAAGUUUUGGGACACUGUAAAGUCCAUGGAGAAUAAGAGCACUUCCUCCCAGCUGCCCACUGCACUGAGGCUAGGAAACACUAUCACCACCGAUAAAUCUACAAUAAUCGAGAAUUUCAACAAGCAUUUUGCUACAGCUGGCCAUGCUUUCCAUCUGGCUACCACUAACCCGGCCACCAACUCUGCACCCUCUGCUGCAACUUGCCCAUGCCCCCCCCGCUUCUCCUUCACACAAAUUCAGACAGUUGAUGUUUUGAAAGCGCUGCAAAAUCUGGACCCCUACAAAUCAGCUGGGCUAGACAAUCUGGACCCUUUCUUCCUAAAACUAGCCGCCGAAAUUGUCGCAACCCCUAUUACUAGUCUGUUCAACCUCUCUUUCAUAACGUCUGAGAUCCCCAGAGAUUGGAAAGCUGCCGCGGUCAUCCCCCUCUUCAAAGGGGGUGACACUCUAGAUCCAAACUGCUACAGACCUAUAUCCAUCCUGCCCUGCCUUUCGAAAGUAUUCGAAAGCCAAGUUAACAAACAGAUCAUCGACCAUUUCGAAUACCACCGUACCUUCUCCGCUAUGCAAUCCGGUUUCCGAGCUGGUCACGGGUGCACUUCAGCCACGCUCAAGGUCCUAAACGAUAUUAUAACCGCGAUUGAUAAUAGACAGUACUGUGCAGCCGUCUUCAUCGACCUGGCCAAGGCUUUCGACUCUGUCAACCACCGCAUUCUUAUUGGCAGACUAAAUAGCCUUGGUUUCUCAAAUGACUGCCUCGCCUGGUUCACCAACUACUUCUCAGAUAGAGUUCAGUGUGUCAAAUCGGAGGGCCUGUUGUCUGGACCUAUGGCAGUCUCUAUGGGGGUGCCACAGGGUUCAAUUCUUGGGCCGACACUUUUCUCCGUGUAUAUCAAUGAUGUCGCUCUUGCUGCUGGUGACUCUCAGAUCCACCUCUACGCAGACGACACCAUUUUGUAUACAUCUGGCCCUUCAUUGGACACUGUGUUAACAAACCUCCAAACGAGCUUCAAUGCCAUACAACAAUCCUUCAGUAGCCUUCAACUGCUCUUAAACACUAGUAAAACUAAAUGCAUGCUUUUCAAUCGAACGCUGCUAGCACCCGCCCACCCGACUAGAAUCACCACUCUCGACGGGUCUGACCUAGAGUAUGUGGACAACUACAAAUAUCUAGGUGUCUGGUUAGACUGUAAACUCAACUUCCAGACUCACAUAAAGAAUCUCCAAUCCAAAGUUAAAUCUAGAAUCGGCUUCCUAUUUCGCAACAAAGCCUCCUUCACUCAUGCUGCCAAACAUGCCCUCGUAAAACUGACUAUCCUACCGAUCCUUGACUUCGGCGAUGUCAUUUACAAAAUAGCCUCCAACACUCUACUCAGCAAAUUGGAUGUAGUCUAUCACAGUGCCAUCCGUUUUGUCUCCAAAGCCCCAUACACUACCCACCACUGUGACCUGUACGCUCUUGUUGGCUGGUCCUCACUACAUGUUCGUCGUCAAACCCACUGGCUCCAGGCCAUCUAUAAAUCACUGCUAGGCAAAUCCCCGCCCUAUCUUAGCUCAUUGGUCACCAUAGCAGCACCCACCCGUAGUCUGCGCUCCAGCAGGUAUAUCUCACUGGUCAUUCCCAAAGCCAACACCUCCUUUGGCCGCCAUUCCUUCCAGUUCUCUGCUGCCAAUGACUGGAACGAAUUGCAAAAAUCUCUGAAGCUGGAGACUCUUAUCUCCCCCAAUAACUUUAAGCAUCAGUUGUCAGAGCACCUUACCGAUCACUGCACCUGUACACAGCCCAUCUGAAAUUAGCCCACCCAACUACCUCAUCCCUAUAUUGUUAUUUAAUUUGCUCUUUUGCACCCCAGUAUCUCUAUUUGCACAUAAUCUCUUGCACAUCUAGCAUUCCAGUGUUAAUACUAUUGUAAUUAUUCUGCACUAUAGCCCAUUUAUUGCCUUACCUCCAUAACUUGCUACAUUUGCACACACUGUAUAUAUAUUUUCUGUUGUAUUUUCUGACUUUAUGUUUUUUUCUUUACCCCAUAUGUAACUCUGUGUUGUUUUUAUUGCACUACUUUGCUUUAUCUUGGCCAGGUCGCAGUUGUAAAUGAGAACCUGUUCUCAACUGGCUUACCUGGUUAAAUAAAGGUGAAAUAAAAAAAUAAAUAAAAAAGUCUUGCAUGUCAAUGCAAUAGAAUCCUACUCCGAUGCGUUCUGCUUACAACAAAAUCUCUUGCAUAGUUAGUUUUGCAUACUAAGUCUUGCUCAGUUUGUUUUAUUUUGGUAUGUUGCAUUGAAAGUGGCUAAUAUUGCGUUGAUUCAAUCACAAUUCCCACAGUAAAGGGAAACAUUGAUAGUGUUAACUAAGGGGGAAAACUUGAAAGUUGAGUAAAGUUCUAUCUCGUGCUUCUCUGUGCGGGCUGAUAUUUCUUCUGCGCAGCAGUCCCAGGGAGCUGCGGGCCCGCACACUCGCGCAGGUUAGAGGGAACAUUGGUAAGGAAGUCACUUUGCAUGAUGUGUAGCCUAGAUUUUAGUUUAAUGUACAAUACCCUUGAAGAUAUGAACCAUAUGCACCCCUUUGACACCCCGGCCUAUAAGGGGAAAUUAAACUGAUUGGUCAGGGUCCCUGUCAAUGCAAUUGUCUAGUUGACGUAGCACUGAAGCUUUUCUAUUGUGCCUACUGCCUACCAUUAUUAAUCACCCCCUUCAGAAGCUUUGGUGAAAGGAAAGUCAAAGGUUGUUUGCGCAGGGGCCGGUCAGCAGAAAAAUAGUAUUUUCAGUGCACAAAUAUUUUUUUUUAUUGCAUCACAUAUCUGAGUCAGGAGACUUAUCACCUCCAUGAUUCUCUAAAUGUAAAUCCCUACAGUGACAAAUAUAUCACCCUUGUUUCCCUUUCCUAGGCACAGACCAGAGUCAAGCUUAAUUUCUUGGACCAGAUUGCAAAGUUCUGGGAGUUGCAGGGGUGUUCUCUGAAGAUUCCUCAUGUGGAAAGGAAGAUAUUGGACCUGUAUCAACUCAACAAGGUUGGGUGUUUAGUAGUGAUGUUAGAUUUGAUACUGGAGCUCCGAGGCAUGUGUCAAAAUCACUAAGCAGUUUACUUCGAAGCAGUGUGCCGAUGCCUGUAUCAUUUUAUCAGAAUCAUGUGAUCAAUGACGUCCAAAGCUUUGUUUUGUCAAACAACCACCUGAUUGGCUUUGCAUUAGUUUCGGUAGAAGACAAAAAGGCUACCCUGCGCAUGCGCUAUGGCGUGUGGGACGUUAUAUAUAAUAAUUUGGUUGCUCUAAAUUCUUUUGACCAGCAGGUGCCACUAGUGUACACUGUGUUGAUCAAAGCCUCGCGUAAUGAAACUAUUUUCGACACAAUUGGCUGGAAAGCAUCAACGCUUCAAGAAGCUUUGUUUCCCCAUCACUAGUGUUUAGCAUUGUUUCAAACUACUAUACAUUUAUUCCAUCUUAAAUAGCAUUGAACAGAAUCCAAUGACUCUACCUAACUUUGACACAUUUUAUUUCAGAAUGUUGCAGAUGAGGGUGGAUUUGAUAUUGUGUGUCGCGAUAGACGUUGGACAGCGAUUGCGCUUAAGAUGGGCUUUGCUCCUGGCAAGGCUGUUGGCUCUCACUUACGGUCACACUAUGAGAGACUCCUCUACCCCUACAACCUCUUCCAGAGCGGAGCCAACUUCCUGGUAAGUUGGACAGAUGCCCCAACACCAAUUAUUUUCCAAUUGUUUCGUUAUGAACACAACCAUAAUUUUUUUAACGUUCCAUUCCACUGUUCCGACCAGAAAAAUAAAGUUCUGAACCGAUUAAAAUCCCCAAAAAGUAACGGUUUAUACCAUUCCUUUCUGUUCCUUUUUUACAUUUCACUCGACAUUAAAUUAGUUGACCAAUGGAUAGAGCAGCUUUCUAUGGAGCGGGCAAGCUAUGCAUUGGAGAGACAAGUGUAGUGUAGGGUGCGACAUGCAACUGAAAUUUUGCAGGUGAGGAGAGCGCUGGGCAUGAUGCGCUGGCCAUCUUGUUGUUAUGACAUGCAUUAGGCCCAUCUGAAUUAGGCCCACAGAAUUAUAUCUACGGAGGAGCGGCUUCUAUGAAGGAACUUUGAAUGUCUUUGAACUUCAGAGAGUUGGCUAAACUAACGUUGGACCAGAGCUAGCCCUUGAUCAUGACUAUCGAUUCCAUUACAUUACACAUAAUGCUGCCUAGAGGUUUCGAGAGCUAGACCAGAGCUAGAUAACAAGCUAACAAGCUUGUGUGUGCAGAGCGGUACCAUAUAAAAAAUAUGUCUUACCUUUUUGUACUUAAUAAAUCCAUUGUGUAACAUGAAGACUAUAGUAUCCAUAACUAGCAUUGAUCAUUUCUGAAUCACAUCUGUAACGCCAGUAGCUACAGUAGACUAUGCAUGCUUCAGAGGGAGGGGGAGGGGAAGGUAGCCUAUAAACACACACACGGGCAAAGAUUUUCAGCUGGCAGGCAGGAAGACAGUGAGGGCUUUGCAUAAGCGCAUUGCGUUUUUUGUGGGACAAAAAAAAAAGGCCCAGAACGUUAUUAACUGGUUCCCAUGCUUUUACAAAUAAAGGUUCUGUUCCGGAACAGUAUAGAUCCCUUUCGUUCUCAGUUCUGGUUCUGUUCCUCGAAAAAUGUCAUUAUUUUCUGGUUUUCGAUUUGGUUCCAACCCCUGCCUAACACUCAUGAUUAAUCUGUCUGUGUCUAUUCACAUUGCACUCAGCUUUAUGCAUCAGCUAAUGCUGUGUUAAGUGCUUGGUUGGCUCAUCUGUAGGCAAGUUGAGCACUGAUCAACCAUAGUUUUACUGCUGUUAUGCUGGAAGUAUGUUUGUCUAAUGUCUAGUGAGGAUAAUUUUCAAUAUUGAAUACAUUUAUUGAACAUUGUAGAGAAAGCGUACAGAGUGAACGUAGAUUGGGUCUUUGUUGUUGUUAAUGUUGCAAGCUCUCUUGUUUUAGGCACCAGAGCUUGCGUCCAAGCUGAUGCGUUUAGUGUCUGCUCCUGAACUUGACAAGGUAUGUCUGCCUCAUGGUUAUUAUCUAAGAAUUAACAGAUAGCACGUCUAUGGCAUAGUCUGGAGAUUUUGGUUACACAGAAAUGUUAGACUGCAAUACAACCAUUCUUUGUUUUAAAUGGUCUCAUAGUGCUUUGUCUGUGCACCGCUAUCAUAGUCUGGGUGUCCUUGCUGCCAUAGAUGUGUGCCAUGUCUUUUGAUUUGUUAUUGGUUGUACGUUUAUUCUACAUUUGUAAUGGAUUAACUGUAUGUAUUGUUUAAUAUUACAAUGUAUAUGCCUGUAGCUUGUCCAGAAGCCAACCCUGCCAGUUGACACGAGUGACAAGGAGUGUAAACCCCCUGACCUGGCUGAGAGGCAGCAAUUUGUUGAGCCAACCGAGUCGUGCUUCAACAGCGCCUGCAGAGCAAAGCGGAUGAGAGCUGAGGUGGAUGCUCUUGUCGAACAGAGCCUCACACACUUGUCAGAAGAACUCUUCUUAAAACCAGUAAUUCAGAUUGCACAACUACCUUGUAACCAUCUACUUUACUCUAUCCCCUUCAAAUCCUUAAGUCACAAAAUGGAGGAGUUGCAUAAGAAGGCCAAUUUGAAUGUAAUUUGCCUAAAGACUUAUGGGUGUUAUCUUAAUUAUUCAUGAAUGCAUUGACACAUUUCUCUCUAUUGCAUAUAAACUUUGUAACAUCAUUAGUGGCAGUUACAAUAGUUAACUAGAACUCUAUUUCUCCACCCACAGUCAGGUUGUGUGAAGACAGAACCAGGAACUGAACCCUGUGAGAACAACAGACCAAAUCUGAGGAGGAGGAUGGGCUCUUUUGUUGCCAAGCCCGAGCCAGGUCAGUACCAACAAGGCUUUACUUUAACCACAGUAGAGUUAACACAAUAUUUGUGAUCGGUGCCAAUAUCCAUACACUUGUAUACUACUCAAUCCAUAUAUUGGGUCAUGCAUUUUAAGUGUGAAUAUUGGAAGGUCAUGUACGAUAUUCAGGCUAGGGUAUAAGAUACACCAUGGGUAAUUCAUGAGUUAAAUCAUCUGAUGUUCCUUAUUAUGCUCAUCAUAUGUCAUUUUUCUUUGCAGAAAAAGAAAUUCCCAUUCUAGUGAAACAAGAACCCAUUGAGCCGGUGAGCGAGGCAGACAAAAACAAGUCUCGAUAUAAGAAAAAACCAAGUCUUGAUGCACCACCUCCUGCAGUGAGUGUAGUAAGUGUGGCUUUAUUUGAUCCAUUCUUUGGAUGAGAGAGAAUACUCUUAAAUGGAUUAUCAACAGUAUAAUGUAUUUUUGUGCAGCAAAUAGGACGUUUGAACAAAUGUGAUUAUGUGAACAAAAGUUGAGUUGUAGUCCCUUUGGUUAUUCAUUAGUUGUAUAAUAACAGGAGUGAAGAACAGCUGGAACAAAGCCCUUUCUUCCCUCCUCUGUUCUGUAGGUGGACCUGUAUAUGUGUCUGGUGUGUGGUAGCGGAAGAGACGAGGAUCGUCUUCUGCUGUGUGAUGGCUGUGACGCCAGUUACCACACCUUCUGUCUCAUACCCCCUCUACACGAUGUCCCCAAAGGAGACUGGAGGUGCCCCAAGUGCCUGGCUCAAGUGAGUAGUGAUGUCUAUUCACUUCAUCACACCAAUAACCACAUUCAAAUGGAAGAGGCAAGUGGAAGUGGGAGAAAGUAAGGAACUUGUCUGUUAGCCCUGCAUUAAAGACCAAAAUUGCUUAAAGAAAAUUGUGAUAAAUAAAAAAGAAUACCAGUUUCAUUUAAGGACCCCAAAAAAUGACAGCUGUGCCAUAUAGAUUGCAAAAUAGUUGGGAAGAGAUUUUUGAUGUACUGAUUCCACGGCACAUGGUUUAUGAAAUGAUACACAAAACGACACCGGAUUCUUUAUCAAUUUACAUUUUCAUACAAAAUUCUUGCAACCAAUAGAAUGUUAUACAGUAUAUGGGGGAUACAACCAUCCCAGCGCUGCAGAUUCUGCUGCGAAGAGACCGAAUCAUUAGAUCAUUUGUUUUGGUACUGUACAUAUGUAGCUUGUUUUUGGUCGCAGUUUCAGGAAUGGCUGAAGAAUUGCAACAUUUACCUGGAGGUAACUCUGCAAAUAGCACUGCUGGGUGAUUUGAAAAGUCAUAGUUAAUUGAUCAAUAAUAUACACUGAAAAAAAUAUAAACGCAACAUGUAAAGUGUUGCUCCCAUGUUUCAUGAGCUAAAAUAAAAGAUCCCAGAAAUGUUCCAAACGCACAAAAAGCUUAUUUCUCUCAAUUUUCUUUGUACAAAUUUGUUUACAUCCCUGUUAGUGAGCAUGUUAUCCUUUGUUAAGAUAAUCCAUCCACCUGACAGGUGUGGCAUAUCAAGAAGCUGAUUAAACAGCAUGAUCAUUACAAAGGUGUACCUUGUGCUGGGGACAAUAAAGGGCGCUCUAAAAUGUGCAGUUUUGUCACAACGCAAUGCCACAGAUGUCUCAAUUGGCAUGCUGACUGUAGGAAUGUCCACCAGCGCUGUUGCCAGAGAAUUGAAAGUUAAUUUCUCUACCAUAAGCUGCCUUCAACGUUGUUUUAGAGAAUUUGGCAGUACAUCCAACCGGCCUCACAACCGCAGACCACGUGUAUGGUGUUGUGUGGGCGAGCGGUUUGCUGUUGUGAACAGAGUGCCCCAUGGUGGUGGUGGGGUUAUGGUAUGGGCAGGCAUAAGCUACGGACAACGGACACAAUUGCAUUUUAUCGAUGGCAAUUUUAAUGCACAAAAAUACCGUGACGAGAUCCUGAGGCCCAUCUGUGACCAACAGAUGCAUAUCUGUAUUCCCAGUCAUGUGAAAUCCAUAGAUUAGCGCCUAAUGAAUUGACUGAUUUCCUCAUGAACUUUAACUCAGUAAAAUAAAUGAAAUUGUUGCGUUUUAUAUUUUUGUUCAGUAUAAUAAUACUCUUAUCAAAAAUGUUUAUCUUUAAUUUACAAUCUGUAGAAACAAUGAGAAUAGGAAGUUUCAGAACUUUUUGUGAAACAUCACAGCACAGUUGAAAAAUAUAUGGCAAAUAGGGAUGGUCUUCAGAGAUCUAUGGGAUGGGUUGAGGGUAGCUGAAGGAUGGGACUAAAAACAAACAAAAUAUAACUUUUGUAAAAUAUACUUUCCAUAAAAUGUAUAUAGUAUGUAUAAGCUGGAAGUAGAAGCCUAAACGUUGUCCAUUAGUUUACUCCAAUUAGGGGAGGGGUGGUAGGGUUAGGGGGAAAUAAUAAAGGAUUGCCAAGAGUGUGCAAAACUAACAUCAAUGCAAAGGGUGGCUACUUUGAAGAAUCUGAAAUAGAAAAUAUAUUUUGAUUUGUUUAACACUUUUUUGGUUACUACAUGAUUCCAUGUGUUAUUUCAUAGUUUUGAUGUCUUCACUAUUAUUCUACAAAGUAGAAAAUAGUAAAAAUAAAGAAAAACCCUGGAAUGAGUAGGUGUCCAAACAUUUGACUGGUACUGCAUAUAAAAUAUAUAAAAAAUAUAUAUGGGGGCUAGGAAAUGAUGCAGACAAUUACAUUGAUGGAAGCCACAAUCUAUCUGCAAUAGUAAAGCUGAUCUACCCCCUAAAAAAAUAUAUAUCAUAAAAAAAAUCCCACAUUCACACUUCACAGACAGUCUGUACUGGCUCCUGUGAGUGUAAGAUAUGAAUGUGUUCAGCGCUGUUACUUAUACAGAGUACCUAUGUUGUUACAGUGUUACCUAUACAGAGUACCUACAGUGGGGAGAACAAGUAUUUGAUACACUGCCGAUUUUGCAGGUUUUCCUACUUACAAAGCAUGUAGAGGUCUGUAAUUUUUAUCAUAGGUACACUUCAACUGUGAGAGAUGGAAUCUAAAACAAAAAUCCAGAAAAUCACAUUUGUAUGAUUUUUAAGUAAUUAAUUUGCAUUUUAUUGCAUGACAUAAGUAUUUGAUCACCUACCAACCAGUAAGAAUUCCGGCUCUCACAGACCUGUUCGUUCUUCUUUAAGAAGCCCUCCUGUUCUCCACUAAUUACCUGUAUUAACUGCACCUGUUUGAACUCGUUACCUGUAUAAAAGACACCUGUCCACACACUCAAUCAAACAGACUCCAACCUCUCCACAACGGCCAAGACCAGAGAGCUGUGUAAGGACAUCAGGGAUACAAUUGUAGACCUGCACAAGGCUGGGAUGGGCUACAGGACAAUAGGCAAGCAGCUUGGUGAGAAGGCAACAACUGUUGGCGCAAUUAUUAGAAAAUGGAAGAAGUUCAAGAUGACGGUCAAUCACCUUCGGUCUGGUGCUCCAUGCAAGAUCUCACCUCAUGGUCAAUGACCUGAAGAGAGCUGAGACCACAGUCUCAAAGAAAACCAUUAGUAAAACACUACGCCGUCAUGGAUUAAAAUCCUGCAGCGCACGCAAGGUCCCCCUGCUCAAGCCAGCGCAUGUCCAGGCCCGUCUGAAGUUUGCCAAUGACCAUCUGGAUGAUCCAGAGGAGGAAUGGGAGAAGGUCAUGUGGUCUGAUGAGACAAAAAUAGAGCUUUUUGGUCUAAACUCCACUCGCCGUGUUUGGAGGAAGAAGGAUGAGUACAACCCCAAGAACACCAUCCCAACCGUGAAGCAUGGAGGUGGAAACAUCAUUCUUUGGGGAUGCUUUUCUGCAAAGGGGACAGGACAACUGCACCGUAUCGAGGGGAGGAUGGAUGGGGCCAUGUAUCGCGAGAUCUUGGCCAACAACCUCCUUCCCUCAGUAAGAGCAUUGAAGAUGGGUCGUGGCUGGGUCUUCCAGCAUGACAACGACCCGAAACACACAGCCAGGGCAACUAAGGAGUGGCUCCGUAAGAAACAUCUCAAGGUCCUGGAGUGGCCUAGCCAGUCUCCAGACCUGAACCCAAUAGAAAAUCUUUGGAGGGAGCUGAAAGUUCCUUAUUGCCCAGCGACAGCCCCGAAACCUGAAAGAUCUGGAGAAGGUCUGUAUGGAGGAGUGGGCCAAAAUUCCUGCUGCAGUGUGUGCAAACCUGGUCAAGACCUACAGGAAACGUAUGAUCUCUGUAAUUGCAAACAAAGGUUUCUGUACCAAUAUUAAGUUCUGCUUUUCUGAUGUUUCAAAUACUUAUGUCAUGCAAUAAAAUGCAAAUUAAUUACUUAAAAAUCAUACAAUGUGAUUUUCUGGAUUUUUGUUUUAGAUUCCGUCUCUCACAGUUGAAGUGUACCUAUGAUAAAAAUUACAGACCUCUACAUGCUUUGUAACUAGGAAAACCUGCAAAAUCGGCAGUGAUUCAAAUACUUGUUCUCCCACUGUAUGUGUUAGUGUUAGCUAUAGACCUUUUCAAAUGUCAAUAACACAUUAUAUAUGCACGCGCAACCAAGAGGUUCCCCAGUAAACACCUGGCGCUGCAGCGUGCCAUAAUUGCUAGCUAGUUCGUUUUUCUUGAUCCAACCAAAAAACGGAACAAACGAGUUAUACACAUUGACUUGUUGCUACCAGAUCCACUAAACAAAAUCAGACAACGUUUAUUAUCCAUUUGCUCUGGUGGUGUUGGCUACAUUUGGCUAGCACAGCAAAUAACCACAGAGCUAGUGUGAUGUGAAGGUAGAGAAAGAUCCGCUUACCUUGUUAGUCAGCUAGAUAGAUGAAUUUCUCUCACGGCAGCCAACAAUAUAACUAAACUAAAUGUAACUAGCAUACGAGUCCAAUGAUUGACGGCCGCAAGUGUUUACAUCAAAAGUUAGCUAGCAGCAAUUACCCCACUAUCAACCUCUUUCCCCCUUCACUAAUCUGUGUCUCCUAGCUCUUCGUCUGCUUCCUCCAAAACGCAACUAUAUUUUACCCAGGUGUAUUGCCCACUCAAUUAAGAAACAAGCAACAUGUAUUUUGAAAUUAAACCAAAUGAACAUUAAAAUAUUACUUUCUGCACACCCUCAUGAUGGUGAUAUUUGCUAAUAAUGUCUCUCUAAUGUGCAUGUCAUCCUUACGGUCUACCUUCAUUACAAGGGUAGGGAUUGCACUAAUCCAUUUAAUGAAGGCAUGUACAGUAGUUGUAGAAAUCAAAUCUGGUAUCCUUCAACAUGGUUAGGCUCAUUAAUUGUCUAAUGAAAAAGAAAAACCCACACACUGAUCUUGCCAGUAUCAGUAAACUAUUAGCAAAUUAUUCCCACACACAUAAAUGAUCAGAUGUGAGUGCUUUUCCUAUUUCUAAUAGUAUCAUUUAAAAGGGAGAAAGCAUCUCAACAAAAUGUAAACAGUGUGUGAGGAUUUGCUUAUCCUGUUUCAGUAUAGAAAUGACAAGCCACAUGUACAAGUGCAUUGGACAUACCCACGAGGCCAAUACUAAUCCCAUCAUAUGUCUGCAUUGGGCAUGCAUGCAGUCAAUAAUCUCACAUCCACUGUGACCAAAAGGGUAGAGCACGGAUAGUGGAGGCAAGCAAAAAAAUAUCCUGAAGCGUGACCACCGUGAAGGGUCACUUUUACAGGGUCACUUUUACAAGGGCUGCAAAGUAGCCAUGUAAUGUAUGAGUUUCAUUCCCCAUAUGGCUGCCCGGUGCCGGGACGUAAACCCAAAUCAAAUGACACUUGUAGCUAGCAUACCAACCAUUGGAGAAGGAGGACAGUGAGUGUAGCAGAAUGAAGCAAAUCGGCACAAAAAAGAUCCUCCCGCAGCUGAGAUGCUUACGGUAUUAAAAUAUAGAUACAUUAAUGGUAGACAGGAGGAGACAAUACUUCAAGUCUCAGGGGGAUGGAAUCACAUCACAGUUGCUACUAGAACUCACCUGCAGCUCACCUCUGCUACAGUCACAACCUUUUCACCUGCCUCCUACGCCACCGACAGUAUAACUCAGCCACCGACUGUGUGAUCUGAGCCAAUGUAGAAAAUUAAAUACCCACAAAAUUAAUUAUGUGGGUGCUAGAUUGACUCAGUUCACACAGUCUGCUCUGCUGGCUGCUGAGGUUGAUGCGGAGGAGGUCAGUGAGUGUUGCAGCAGAGGGAUGGUGUGUAGCAUGUGAGCUAGUUGACAGGUGAGUGCUACGCUCUUUCUCAAUUCAUCCUUCCUCGAUUCCUCUCAUCGCCUCCUUCUCAAAACCAAUUUGAGUAGAAGGUCAGAAGGUAGGGACCUUGUACCUUCACCUCCAAUACAAUUGUGAUAAAAUACAGGUGAGGAGAUAUGAUGCAAGUAAUCAAGGAAAGAAAGUGAGACAAAGCCCUAGUAGCCAUAGUGUGGUGAUGUCACCUGCUCUGAUACCUAAAGUACUGUUAUUCUAGCCCAGUGUUUCCCAACCAGGGGUACUAGGACACUUGGUUUAUCCACAGGGGGUACUUGAGAAGACUCAUGAGACCAUAGGCUUACUGGUAAAAUGUACAUGAGUGGGUACUUCAAGGGUACUCCGGGCAGAGCAAAAUAUACUUGGUGGUACAGUAACCAAAAAAGGUCGGGUACCACUGUUCUAGCCCAACCAAGAUCAUGGUUUUGGUAGGAUAAUGGAUGUUGCUGUGCGUAUGUCACACCCAAAUCAAUGAUCAAGAACAUCAGCUCCAGCUGCAAAUCUGUGCAAUAUCAUCAGACAAAAUGAGAGUGAGUGACAACCAAAUAAAACAGACAAACAGGGAAUGUUUUUAAUGACCCAAAAGUACACUAUACUUCAUUCAAAGAAUCAACACUUUAUUUCAUAUCAUAAAAAAAACGUCUAUGUAAAUGGUUAGUGGGUAUAGACAUUCAUCUUACUCCAAAACAAGAGAUGAUUGAAUAGUUAAAUGAAUAGUGUCUAAUACAAAUAAUAAGCAGAAUGUCAGGGCUGGGCUGGAACAGAAACGUGCACACCCAGUAGCUAGAUAUCUAGGAGCAAGGUUGGCUGUACAUGUUCUAUGUCUAUGCAUUGAUACUUUUAACAGUAUUUUUGCAGUCUUACAAACAAUUCUAACAGUAAACCAGUAACACAUGUAACCCAUUGGAGAUAUACCCUUCAGUCUCUCCAGGACUUGGGACUUCCUUUGGGACCUUCAUUUGCAGACCGGGUUUAGCAGCUUUCACUGAUCUCUGUAUCUGAGGUUAGGAAACAUGAAAAUUAGACUACGACUUGCUUUGUUAUUCUCAAGUGAUAUAGCAUUUGAUAUAUUUCGUUGCAAUUGUGUUUUUGUAUUAUCAUAGUUCUCUCUUUGGAACUGAAAAUCUAUCUGUUACCUCUGUAGCUCAGCUGGUAGAGCACGGCGCUUGUAACGCCAAGGUAGUGGGUUCGAUCCCCGGGACCACCCAUACACAAAAAUGUAUGCACGCAUGACUGUAAGUCGCUUUGGAUAAAAGCGUCUGCUAAAUGGCAUAUUAUUAUUAAUUAGCUAGCUAGCUUAGCUACUUGUUAGGUAGCUAACAUUGUUGUUUUUAGCAGAUCAAGCUAACGUUUGUGUCAUAAAAAAAAAAAAAAAAAAUGGAUGGCUGUCUAUCCUAUUUAUAUGUAGCGAGCUAGCUAGAUGACGUUACCUAGAAUAGAUGGUUAACUUAAUAAUCAACUUAACCUGCUGCUAACAUUACUAUCCAUGCAGGCAAUGCAGCCCGCUGCUAUGCUUCUUUGGGAAAUCUAUCAACUUUAAUUAAGAUUUGUCCCCGGACGGAAGGACCAUCCCACCCGCGAAUACCUUGAGAAAACAAAUAAAGUUAGCUAGCUAGCUGUUUACAGCCGCGACGGAACAGCUGUUUACAAACGCAACGGAAGUUCUUUGGGGUACAGGGUUCACUUCCACUCCUCCUCAAAAAGCAAUUUAAAUGGUCUAUUCAGAGUACCUAUGCGUUUGUCUGUGAAAAGAGAGAACUGUUAUUAAGGUGUGAUUUCUACCCCUUUUUGUUUAUUUUGAACAGGAGUGCAGCAAACCUCAGGAGGCAUUUGGCUUUGAGCAGGCAUACAGGGACUACUCUUUGCAGGCUUUUGGAGAAAUGGCAGACUCCUUCAAGUCUGAUUACUUCAACAUGCCAGUUCAUGUAAGUAGAACAUGUCUAAUCAUUAAGGAAGGUCUUACAAUUUUGACCUGUUAUAAUUGAUUCACAACUGUCAUGAAAUGGAAUUUUUAACAUUUUAUUGUUUGUUUCAGAUGGUUCCCACAGAGUUGGUGGAAAAAGAGUUCUGGCGCUUGGUGAGCGCCAUCGAAGAGGACGUCACAGUGGAGUACGGAGCAGAUAUAGCCUCCAAGGAGUUUGGGAGCGGAUUCCCCAUCAGGAAUGGAAGAUUUAAGGUUUCAGAAAAGGAUGAGGUAGGCAGCUGUGUAUUGAAAUGAAUGGGUAACCAAACCAAUACAGUAUAUCACACAGUAGUAGACUCAUGAUAUAAUGGCAAACGUUUCUUUCAAUUUCAUGUCUUGCCAAUGUACCAUUGAAUCAGAAUAUAAAUAUAUUUUAAAAAUGGCUAAACUCUUUCUCAUGAUUUCUUGCAGAAGUACCUGAAGUGUGGCUGGAACCUGAACAACAUGGCGAUGAUGGACCCGUCAGUGUUGACUCAUGUCACAGCAGACAUCUGUGGGAUGACUCUACCUUGGCUUUAUGUAGGCAUGUGCUUCUCCUCCUUCUGCUGGCACAUCGAGGACCACUGGAGCUACUCAAUCAACUAUCUGCACUGGUACUGAUGUUGGCCAACCACUCUUUAUUUAGGGAUGUUGAAAUUAAGUUAAUUGUAACAUGGUAAUAUACAAUCAUAACACAAAGUGCCAUUUUGCUUAUGAUCAGUGAUUUUUAGUUUUCCACAUUUUCUGUAUGGAGUCAGGACAAUAUUUUCAAAUUAUUCAUAUCACCUUGAAUACCUUAUUUGCAUGAUGUUCCCGAAUCAAGCUCUGUGUUUGUUUUUUGUUUUUGAAAGGGGGGAGCCGAAGACAUGGUAUGGAGCACCUGGCUUUGCUGCAGAAAAGCUUGAGGCUGUGAUGAAGAAGCUGGCUCCAGAGCUGUUUCAGAUUCAGCCUGAUCUCCUCCACCAGCUGGUCACCAUCAUGAACCCCAACACCCUCAUGUCCUAUGGGGUCCCGGUAAGUGUCUCUCUCAAUGUAACUAGACUUACACCCAUGUAUUUCCAUAGAAUAGUAUAUCAUUUCAGUAACAGAGAAAUCAAUCAGAAAUCAAUAUUUUCUGUGUCACCAGAUUUACAGAACAAAUCAGUGUGCUGGUGAGUUUGUCAUCACUUUCCCCAGAGCCUAUCACAGUGGUUUCAACCAGGGCUUCAACUUUGCUGAGGCUGUCAACUUCUGCACUGUGGACUGGGUAAGAUACUCAUUGGCUUCAAGCACCCUUUCAUUGUUUUAUGGAGGUGGAUAGAGCUAAGAAUGUUCUCUUCCUUUACAUAAGCUCUUCAUUGAUAUUAUAUUGCAAGGGUUAGUUUAUGUGAAGUGGACUGUUUACUAAUAUAGUCUCUCUUUGGUUAAUCUCAGAUGGCAUUAGGCCGACAGUGCGUUGACCACUACAGACUGCUGCAUCGGUACUGUGUUUUCUCCCAUGACGAGAUGAUCUGCAAGAUGGCUUCCAAGGCCAACAGUUUGGAUGUGGUCCUGGCGUCGGCUGUCCAGAAGGAUAUGAAGGACAUGAUCAGAGAGGAACAGGACCUACGAGAUAAAGUCCGCAAGAUGGUAAGGUGCCCCUACAACAGACAGAAUUAUAAAUCAAAAUACAUUUCCUUUUCGCUUUUCAAGUCAGUUAAUCAAACUUUUUUUUUUCUCCCAAAAAAUAAGAGAUUCUUAGAGGAAUAUUAUAUCAUAGCUUUAUAUUUCUGUAUUUUUCAGGUCACAAUACAUCACAAUAUAGUAUUUUGAUAGGCAGAGCAACGAGACCUAAACAGACCAUUUUGAUGUAUGUAUUUUUAGAGGCUUAUCAAACACUAAUGAGACAUUGUUCACUCCAAUUAAGGAGAACAGCUGUCUGGUUCCCCAUCUCUCGGGUCUUCAUUUAUAACAUGGUUGUGUUUGUGUCUUUCUCCCCAAGGGGGUGUUGCAUUGCGAGCAGGCGGAAUACGAUCUCCUGCAGGACGAUGAGCGGCAGUGUGCCAAGUGUAGGACCACCUGUUACCUGUCUGCCAUCACCUGCCCCUGCAGCCCCGGCCAGCUGGUCUGUCUCCACCACAUCCAGGACCUCUGCUCCUGCCCCCUCACCAACUACACACUGAAGUGAGUCAUGUCUCAUGUCCUGUCCUCCGACGCAUCUAAUCUAUCCAAAGCACACCAGUUUGGCUUUCUCCACAGAUUUGUCCCCUUUUUCACGCUGAAGUGAGUCCCGGGGCGCAUUCAACAGGGCACAAUGUUGUGGAAUGUUCAAAUAGAAAUACACUAUAUACAGUGAGGAGGAAAAAAGUAUUUGAUCCCCUGCUGAUUUUGUACGUUUGCCCACUGACAAAGACGCAGUGCUAGCUGUGCCACUAGAGAUCCUGGUUUGAAUCCAGGCUCUGUGGUAGCCAGCCGCGACCGGGAGACCCAUGGGGCGGCGCACAAUUGGCCUAGCGUCGUCCAGGGUAGGGGAGGGUAUGGCCGGCAGGGAUGUAGCUCAGUUGGUAGAGCAUGGCGUUUGCAACGCCAGGGUUGUGGGUUCGAUUCCCACGGGGGGCCAGUAUGGAAAAAUUAAAAUAAAUGUAUGCACUCACUAACUGUAAGUCACUCUGGAUAAGAGCGUCUGCUAAACGACUAAAAUGUAAAUUUGAACAGUGAUUUGACAGAAUAACAACAACAAAAUCCAGAAAAACGCAUGUAAAAAAUGUUAAAAAUUGAUUUGCAUUUUAAUGAGGGAAAUAAGUAUUUGACCCCUUUGCAAAACAUGACUUAGUACUUGGUGGCAAACCCUUGUUGGCGAUCACAGAGGUCAGACGUUUCUUGUAGUUGGCCACCAGGUUUGCACACAUCUCAGGAGGGAUUUUGUUCCACUCCUGUUUGCAGAUCUUCUCCAAGUCAUUAAGAUUUCGAGGCUGACGUUUUGCAACUCGAACCUUCAGCUCCCUCCACAGAUUUUCCAUGGGAUUAAGGUCUGGAGACUGGCUAGGCCACUCCAGGACGAUAAUGUGCUUCUUCUUGAGCCACUCCUUUGUUGCCUUGGCCGUGUGUUUUGGGUCAUUGUCAUGCUAGAAUACCCAUCCACGACCCAUUUUCAGUGCCCUGGCUGAGGGAAGGAGGUUCUCACCCAAGAUUUGACGGUACAUGGCCCCGUCCAUCGUCCCUUUGAUGCGGUGAAGUUGUCCUGUCCCCUUAGCAGAAAAACACCCCCAAAGCAUGUUUCCACCUCCAUGUUUGACGGUGGGGAUGGUGUUCUUGGGGUCAUAGGCAGCAUUCCUCCUCCUCCAAACACGGCGAGUUGAGUUGAUGCCAAAGAGCUCCAUUUUGGUCUCAUCUGACCACAACACUUUCACCCAGUUCUCCUCUGAAUCAUUCAGAUGUUCAUUGGCAAACUUCAGACGGCCCUGUAUAUGUGCUUUCUUGAGCAGGGGGACCUUGCGGGCGCUGCAGGAUUUCAGUCCUUCACGGCGUAGUGUGUUACCAAUUGUUUUCUUGGUGACUAUGGUCCCAGCUGCCUUGAAAUCAUUGACAAGAUCCUCCCGUGUAGUUCUGGGCUGAUUCCUCACCAUUCUCAUGAUCAUUGCAACUCCACGAGGUGAGAUCUUGCAUGGAGCCCCAGGCCGAGGGAGAUUGACAGUUAUUUUGUGUUUCUUCCAUUUGCGAAUAAUCGCACCAACUGUUGUCACCUUCUCACCAAGCUGCUUGGCUAUGGUCUUGUAGCCCAUUCCAGCCUUGUGUAGGUCUACAAUCUUGUCCCUGACAUCCUUGGAGAGCUCUUUGGUCUUGGCCAUGGUGGAGAGUUUGGAAUCUGAUUGAUUGGUUGCUUCUGUGGACAGGUGUCUUUUAUACAGGUAACAAACUGAGAUUAGGAGCACUCCCUUUAAGAGUGUGCUCCUAAUCUCAGCUCGUUACCUGUAUAAAAAGACACCUGGGAGCCAGAAAUCUUUCUGAUUGAGAGGGGGUCAAAUACUUUUUUCACUCAUUAAAAUGCAAAAAAAAAAAGGAUUUUAUUUAUUUAUUCUGUCUCUCACUGUUCAAAUAAACCUACCAUUAAAAUUAUAGACUGAUCAUUUCUUUGUCAGUGGGCAAACGUACAAAAUCAGCAGGGGAUCAAACACUUUUUUCCCUCACUGUAUAUAUACAAAAGUAUGUGGACACCCCUUCAAAUUAGUGGAUUUGGCUAUUUCAGCUACACCCGUUGUUAACAGGUGUAUAAAAUCGGGCACACAGCCAUGCAAUCUCCAUAGACAAACAUUGGCAGUAGAAUGGCCUUGCUGAAGACUCUUGACUUACAACGUGGCACCGUCAUAGGAUGCCACCUUUCCAACAUGUCAGUUAGUGAAAUUUCUGCCCUGCUAGAGCUGCUCCGUUCAACUGUAAGUGCUGUUAUUGUGAAGUGGAAACGUCUAGGAGCAACAACGGCUCAGUCGCGAAGUGGUAGGCCACACAAGCUCACAGAACGGGACCGCCGAGUGCUGAAGCACGUACAAAUCGUCGGUCCUCUGUUGCAACAAUCACUACAGAGUUCCAAACUGCCUCUGGAAGCAAUGUCAGCACAAUAACUGUUCAUCGGGAGCUACAUGAAAUGGGUUUCCAUGGCCGCGCAGCCGCAUACAAGCCUAUGAUCACAAUGCGCAAUGCCAAGAGUAGGCUGGAGUGGUGUAAAGCUCUCCGCCAUUGGACUCUGGCGCAGUGGAAACGCGUUCUCUGAAGUGAUUAAUCAUGCUUCACCAUCUGGCAGUCCGACGGAUUAAUCUGGGUUUGGCGGAUGCCAGGAGAAUGAUACCUGUCCGAAUGCAUAGUGCCAACUGUAAAGUUUGGUGAAGGAGGAAUAAUGGUCUGGGGCUGUUUUUCAUGGUUCGGGCCAGGCCCCGUAGUUCCAGUGAAGAGAAAUCUUAACGCUAUAGCAUACAAUGACAUCCUAGACAAUUCUGUACUUCCAACUUUGUGGCAACAGUUUGGGGAAGGCCCUUUCCUGUUUCAGCAUGACAAUGCCCCUGUGCACAAAGCGAGGUCCAUACAGAAGUGGUUUGUCGAGAUCGGUGUGGAACAACUUGACUGUCCUGCACAGAGCCCUGACCUCAACCUCAUCGAACACCUUUGGGAUGAAUUGGUACGCCGACUACGAUCCUAAUCGCCCAACGUCAGUGCCCGACCUCACUAAUGCUCUUGUGGCUGAAUGGAAGCAAGUCCCUGCAGCAAUUUUCCAACAUCUAGUGGAAAGCCUUCUCAGAAGAGUAAGGGCUCUUAUAGCAGCAAAGGGGGGACCAACUCCAUAUUAAUGUGCAUGAUUUCGGAAUGAGAUGUUCGGCUUGCAGGUGUCCACUUUUGGUCAUGUAUUGUAAAUUGGGUAUCUUGGACACGUAGAAUAAUGAGUCACAUUGGCUCCUUUAAUGACAUUUCUGUGGCCAUGGUGUCCUCAGAUGCCUCAUCUGCUCUGGCUUUGACCACUACUGAUAUUAUUCCCUUUUUCACUUGCAGUUAUAGAUUUACACUGGAUGAUCUGUACCCCAUGAUGAACGUGGUGAAGCAGCGAGCUGAGUCCUAUGACGAGUGGGCCUCCCGCGUGACGGAGACUCUGGAGGCUAAACUGGACAAGAAAAAAAGUGAGAGACAAAUUCAGCUUGCCUAUAUUCUUGUCUCCAUUAAAAGUACUUUUAAAUCCAGAAAUAAGCCUUAAUCUUGGUUUGGAAAACCACCCCUUAGAGUUAAACUGUAUUUACAUUGAACAAAAAUAUCAACACAACAUGCAACAAUUUCUAAGAUGAAUAUCAGUUCAUAUAAGGAAAUCUGUCAAUUGAAAUACAUUCAUUAGGCCCUAAUCUAUGGAUUUCACAUGACUGGGAAUACAGAUAUGCAUCUGUUGGUCACAGAUACCUUACAAAAAAAGGUAGGGGCGUGGAAUCAGAAAACAAGUCAGUAUCUGGUGUGACCACCAUUUUCUCCUUCGCAUAGAGUUGAUCAGGCUGUUGAUUGUGGCCUGUGGAAUGUUGUCCCACUCCUCUUCAAUGGCUGUGCGAAGUUGCUAGAUAUUGACGGGAACUGGAACACGCUGUUGUACACGUUGAUCCAGAGCACCCCAAACAUGUUCAAUGGGUGACAUGUCUGGUGAGUAUGCAGGCCACGGAAUAACUGGGACAUUUUCAGCUUCCAGGAAUUGUGUACAGAUCCUUGCGACAUGGGGCCGUGCAUUAUCAUGCUGAAACAUGAGGUGAUGGCGGUGGAUGAAUGGCACAACAAUGGGCCUCAGGAUCUCAUCACGUUAUCUCUGUGCAUUUAAAUUGCCAUCGAUAAAAUGCAAAUGUCUUCGGUGUCUGUAGCUUAUGCCUGCCCAUACCAUAACCCCACCACCACCAUGGGGCACUCUGUUCACAACAUUGACAUCAGCAAAACGUUUGCCCACAUAUCUGCCCGGUACUGUUGAAACCGGGACUCAUCCGUGAAGAGCACACUUUUCCAGUGUGCCAGUGGCCAUCGAAAGUGAGCAUUUGCCCACUGAAGUCGUUUACGACGCCAAACUGUAGUCAGGUCCUGGUGAGGACGACGAGCACACAGAUGAGCUUCCCUGAGACGUUUUCUGACAGUUUGUGCAGCUGUCCGGGUGGCUGAUCUUAGACAAUCCCACAGGUGAAGAAGCCGAAUGUGGUGGUCCUGGGCUGGCGCAGUUACACGUGGUCUGAGGUUGUGAGGCCGGUUGGACGUACUGCCAAAUUCUCUAAAACGACGUUGGCUUAUUGUAGAGAAAUGAAUAUUUUCAAUUCUCUGGCAACUGCUCUGGUGGACAUUCUUGCAGUCAGCAUGCCAAUUGCACGCUCCCUCAACUUGAGACAUCUGUGGCAUUGUGUUGUGUGACAAAACUGCACAUUUUAGGGUGGCAUUUUGUUGUCCCCGCACAAGGUGCAUCUGUUAAUGAUCAUGCUGUUUAAUCAGCUUAUUGACAUGCCACACCUGUCAGGUGGAUGGAUUAUCUUGGCAGAGGAGAAAUGCUCACUAACAGGGAUAUGCACACAAUUUGAGAAGCUUUUUGUGUGUAUGGAACAUUUCUGGGAUCUUUCAUUUCAGCUCAUGAAACAUGGGACCAACACUUUACAUGUUGCGUUUAUAUUUUUGUUCAAUAUAGUUGUGAAUCAGGCCUCACAUAACCUAUUGGUUGAAAUUGAUUAUUUUGAUCUUCUCUCCUCAGGCUUGUCAGUCUUCUGCUCCCUCAUUAACGAAUCAGAGUCCAAGAAGUUCCCUGACAAUGACCUCUUGCGUCAGCUCCGUUUAGUCACACAGGAUGCAGUGAAGUGCUCCUCAGUAGCCCAGCAGCUACUCAACGGCAAAAGGCAGACUAGGUACCACUAACACAGUCCGCAGUCAGAUGUUACAGGAGGAGUAUCACUGGAUCAUUUCCCUCCCUUGCCCACACAUGAUCAACUAUGUCUUUUAAUAUUCAAUUCCUCAACCAACCAACUGUUUAUUUAAAUUUAAUUACCAGUUUGAUUCAAGGGUUUUCAUGAUGCAGUUUGAUUCAAUUGUUGUGAUAAUUGUCUCUCCCAGGUAUCGGUGUGCUGGGGGAAAGACCCAGAGCCAGCUGACCGUGCAGGAGCUGAGGUCAUUUGUCAGGCAGCUUUACAACAUCCCCUGCAGCCUUCCUCAAGCCCCCCAAUUAAAGGUCCAAUAAAUACCUCAUGCCAUGCAAUAAGGAAGUUCAAUAUCUAAAUGCCAUGAUAUUGCAGCCAUUAGAAAAUGUCAUUGGAAUUUAUUAGACCUAACUAAGAUGCCUGUGGAACUGUGUUUAAAGCGACUGAUUAGAGAUGGGAUGCAAAUUUUGGUCAAUUUUACUGCCGAUUAACCGACCCUAAUUAACCGGUUAACAAACUGUAAAAGAAAAUCCAAACAGUAAACAUGACAUGACACAGAAAAUGUUAUGCAUGCAUACAAGGAAGACAUUUAGCUCCCAGCCAAAAGGCUAUAUUAUUGAACAUGCAACUAUUGUAAUGAAGCAGCUAAUAAACGUCAUUUUCAAACUUUUACCAAAAUGUCAUUCGCAGUAAACACUGUUCUAAACAGCGCACCUGAUGCGAGUGGUUCCAUAUGUGACAGAGAUGAAAAUCUCUGUUAGAAACUUGGAAAGAGGGGGAAUCUAAAGAUGCAACAACUAGGAUGGGUUGCUAAUAUGACUAGGAUGGUGCCUUUGGCUUCUGGACAACGAAAGAAAGUUGACAUGAAAACCAAUAGAACAGGAGAGAAAUGCUGAUUUCAGUGGCAUAUGAGGAAGUCUUCAUAAAUAAUUUCCUCCACGUUUCUAUGGUUUUAUUUUGGCUAGGCUACUUUGAAGCAAGGAAAGACAUGCCUCAUAAUGGGAAGUAGAACGUUCAGGUUUCAAACAAUUAAGUAUAUUUUUUUCAAAUUGCAUACAGCCUCCAGCUCAGAUUGCAAAGUGGUGGGUGAUGUGCUUAUAGUCUGUCUACCGUUGCCUAACACUAUGUACUUCAAUGGCGAAUGGGAAGCGCGCUUCAAUUAUGAGUUGAGAAAGAAAAAUAGUAUCAACAGAAAGCUGGGAUCCUCUUUUUAAUCAUGGCCGUCAAAACUCUGUUUUUAACACGUGAUUGCAUUUAGAAUUGUUGCGCAAUGACUGGGCUUUUCACUCCAGCAGAAACUAGCUGUUUGAGGAGCUGCAGCAGCUCUCGCGCUGUCCGACAGGUGAUAUUCCACUCAAACUAGGGUCUGUAUGCUGUGCGAGUGUGAUAAAUAAGAUGCAUGAUGGCUAACAAAAAUACACACGCGCCAAUUUAAUUCCAUUAAAUUAUUCAAAUUAACCUAUAGACUGAUGUGCAUGACCGGUUAAAUGUUAACCAUUAACAUCCCCAAUCAGAAAGUAUUCCUCUCAAGGUAAAAGCAUAAACCCAAAUAAAACACAUCUGAAUCCUCAAUCGUUGUAGAAUCUGGUUCAUAAUGAUAUGAAUGACGUUUCUUUUCUUAGGAUCUCUUGAAUUGCAUCGAAGACUUCCAGCAGCACAGUGAGAAAGUUCUGAUGGAUGAGGCCACCGGCACAGCGGUCAUCCAGAGUCUUCUAGACAUUAGCUUUGACUUUGAUGUGGAGCUGCCUGAACUUCCAUUACUACGGGAGAGGCUGGAGCAAGCCCGCUGGCUGGAGGGUGUGCAGCAGACCAGAGCCCAGCCCUCCACCCUCACCCUGGAGACCAUGCGGAGGCUGAUAGACCAGGGCGUGGGCCUGACCUCUCACCCCUCCGUGGAUAAGGCCAUGGCUCGUCUGCAGGAGCUGCUCACAGUGUCUGAACAUUGGGAGGAAAAGACCAGCAUCUUCCUCAAGGCCAGGUGAGGGCCGCACACAGAGGAUUUCUUGUUUACAUCUGUAAUCUUAAUCUGUAAACCAGGUAUUUCAGGUUUGUUUUUUUAGGAAUCCGAUGUGAAAGAAGACGGGCCUACAUUUUAUAAUAGCGGAUUAAAAAAAAAAGGUUUAAGGUAAUCUUCUGGGUUUUAUGUCAUUUAGACCUGAAUUUACAAUAAUUGGGUCCUCACUCAGACAUUCAACUCUGGGUCUUGAAUUUGAACUUUCUCUACUCUUAGCCAAAAUGAGCCAUGUGGUUAUGGCACUUAUAUUAAAGCUAGUGAGGUUUCUCUUUUUAACUAAUGUACAAACUUACUAGACUGAUUUGUACAUUAGCAGAACUACAGUAUGUCAGUGUCCCUGAUUAUGCUUCAUUUUAAUUCCAGCUAGUGCAAAAUGCUGCUGCUAGAAUAUUCAACAAGAUCUACAAAAAGUGAGCAUGCAUAUCUAGUUCUGCUUUCAUCCCAUUGGUACCCAGUGCUUUUUAAUAAUCACUGUCACCGGUGUUUUCAAACAGCUUUUUAAUGGCAUGGCUCUCCAAGGAAUGUGCAUCUAUUCUGUGCGCUCCACAUAUCCACGGUUUAACUGAGUCUUUUUCAGUCCAGUUUUAAUUGUCUGCAUCUUUCUAGAGCUAGAGUUCAUUCAAAUGUUCUGUCAUUUUAGAGCUUAGUAUAGUGAGAAGUACUGUUCUCUUUAUCUCUUCAAGGACGGCUGGAAUGUUUUGUUUCUUUAGGAUUUUAUCAGUAUGUUGAACAUUUUCUUUAUUAUAGAAUUGUGCAUAGCCCAUACCACGGUAACUGUAUAUGUAACCUAUACAAUGGUUUCAAAGUGUAUCAUGGUUGCAAGGGGACAGUAUAGAUGCCUAUGUAAAGCUACUAAAACGAAAUAAUCCAUCAGUUGUCAGAGGAAAACGUUGCAUGGUUCACAACCAUCACAACAGUGAUGUCUGCUUACAUCAGAUCUUAAAUGUACCUUUAUGAAAGAUGGAGUGAGUUGCAACAAACAUUGACCAACAAGGGAAGUGAAAUGUCAAAACAUAUUUUUUUCAUGAUAGUACAUUCAUAUAUUUAUGAUGAAUACACACCUGAGAACAUUUCUCCAUAGUCCAUACAAAUGGGUAAAUAUGAUAUGUAUGCUUCCUGGCAGUCGGAUAACUGGGCCCCCUGCUGGUGACUGACCAGUCUUUUUGACCUAACUCUUUUCUUCUCCACCAGGCCCCCCCUCUCUAUAGAAGUCCUCUCGGAAGCAGCUGAGAAGGUGGCGGGGAUCCCUGCUUACCUCCCCAACUGUAUGAUGCUGAAGGACUCCAUCAGUAGGGCAAGGGAGUGGCUUCAGGAAGCUGAGGCACUUCAGGUACGGAAGAAUAAAACACCACGUUCUCACAAUGAUGUUGUUAUACAUGAUUUUUAUAGAAACAAUGCUGCCAGGUUGACACAAUUAUGUGUAACCAUUAUGUAUAGAAAACUUGAAUUCUGUGUACUCUUACAGGAUGGAGAUUCCAUUCCAUUGUUUGACAACCUCUCUGAUAUGGUUCUACAAGGACAAGCCAUCCCAGUCCAGCUGGACCAUCUAAAGCAGCUGGAGUCCCUGGUAGCAGAGGUGCAGGCCUGGAAAGAGUCUGCAGCUAAAACUUUCCUCAUGAAAAACUCUCACUUUACUCUGCUUGAGGUAAUGUUCUAAUGGCUGUAAUGCACCACUAUGAAAGUUCCAUGAGUGAUGUACAAUAUAAAGCAGUUCCCAGAAUUCAUCAUUUGUUCUUGUCCACAGGUUCUGUGUCCAAGAUUCGAGGUUGGUGCAGGAGCAGGGUCUCCGAAAAGGAAGUCGAAAAAAGCUAAAGACGGCAGUAAGAAGAAGAUGGUGAAGCUAGACUGUCUCAGUGACGUGGAAAAAGCCCUCUCAGAGACCAAGGACUCUACCUCAGCUGUAAGUACACCUACACUGGCCAUGUCUCAAACUGAAUACAUAUUUUAUUUUUCAACUCAAUUCAAAAAGUGCGGACCUUCGCUUUCUCUACUUCUUUCUAGUACUGGAUAUGUAUUGUAUCUCAAUGCAUGUUGGACAUGAACUUGCAUUCAAAUUCUAUAAACUGAAAUGUUUUUACAUUUAUUUACCAGCUGGCAACUCUUGGGGAGGUGCGGUUACGGGAGAUGUGGGCCCUCUCAUCCCUCCGGGCAGCUAACGAGUCCAAGCUCCUCCCCACGGCAGACUGCAUGGACCUGAAUGUGUGUGUGUGUCAGAAUCCCCCCAUGGGAGCCAUGUUACAGUGUGAGCUCUGCCGGGACGCCUUCCACAGCGUGUGUGUGAGGGCUCCCUCAGACUCCCGUUCAACCCAGGCCUGGCUGUGUCCAGACUGCCGACGCUCGGAAAAGCCCCCCCUGGACAAGGUCCUGCCCUUGCUUGCGUCACUGCAGCGUAUCCAGGUGCGUCUGCCGGAAGGCGAUGCGCUUCACUAUUUGGUUGAGAGAACAGUCAGCUGGCAACACCGUGCGCGACAGGUCUCUGCCUCCUGUGGCCUUCCAGACCUGGAGGAGAGCUUUGGAACUACAACAUCUCCGGAUGGAAAGGUCAGUCAGUCAUACCCCUUCUCUGAAUUGUAGAGUUAUCUAUCCAUUUUAAAGUGAUAUAAUUCAGAAUUAAGAGACAAUUAUGUUAAUAACCAGAUUAGUAAUUAAUUAUUUUGUAUAUAUUUUUUUGUAUAUAUAUAUACAGCCACCAUGUUUGACUCCAGAGUGGAACAGGACAAGCCAUGAUCAGAUGGUCUUCUACACCGAGCAAAGAUGCAUUCCUCUGCAGGGUCAGUUCUGUGUUGUAAAGCAGUGUUGUAGAAUCAUUUGCAAGUCUUAUCACCACCUGGACUUCUUGAUAACAUAAUUGUAUUGAUUAUCGCUCUACUGGUGACUACUGAUUAUUUAAGCAGCUACAGUAGGUUAUUGAGAACAUUCUAUUUUACAAUAACCUGAUGUGUGCUGCGCUGUUGCAGGUCUGAGUGUGGAGCUGGAGGAGCUGAUGGUGGAAGGGCUCCUGCUGCAGGUGUCUCUGCCAGAAAUCACACAACUCUACCAUGUGCUACUGAACGGGCUGAGAACGCACCACACCAACGGACGCACGUCACAGCAAGAUGACGACCCCUCGGACUGUGACAAACGCAAGCAGUGCAACUCUCAGGGAAGAAGCUCUCCACAAAAAGAGGUGUGUUAGCAUGCUAGCUAUCAAAUACUGUAACUGAGGACUUAGUGGACUGUAUAUUCUUUAGAUUAGGUUUUACUUUAUGUUCGCUCUUGUGUGCUGGUAAGGGCACAGAUGUCAAGAUGGAGGAUUACGGUCGAGGUGGUUUACUGACGCUGAAGAUUCACAGUACGGGCACGGAACAGCACAGUGUAUGUAGCAUGGAUGGGCUAAGGCACUUAGUGGUAUGGAAACUUGCAUUAAGAAAUUGUGUAUGUGGUCUGCAAGUAAAGAGAGAAAUAAAGAUGCAAUAGUGAAUGACAGAUAUAUACAUAAUACAAUCUCUAAAUCACUGUACUAUAAACAAUAUGCAUCUAAUAAUAACAUGUCUAUAAUGGCUUAAUGCUAUAGAAGACAAUACAGCCCCAUACAACAUGACUCCACUAAUUAUAUAUUAAAGGGGUGCCGCUGUACAUGUUCUACAAAGCAUAGCACUGCUAUCUUCAUUACAGGGCUACAACUGCACAAUGAACUUGAAAUACCUCUACAAGGUUCACAAUGAAAUAUACCCACAUCUAUACAGUAUACAAUUACAGGGUAUGUAAAAAGGCACUGGGGGACAUUACACAAUACGAAUCCUAGGCUAAAGGUCCGAAAUAAUAAGUCAGGAGAGACGGAGCUAGCAAGCUUAGCUACAGUUGCUAGCUCUUGGUGGCUCGUGGUAGAAACUCCUAAUUAGCAUAUCCAUAAAAUGACAAUAUUGUCGCCCAGUGCGUCUUUAGACAAACACCUGAAGGAUAUUAAAUAUAUACUUGCAUAUCAACAAGGACGUACACUGGCCUUGGCUAACACAAUGAAAGCUAACUGGUGGGAAACCACAGGAUGGCUGAAACUUACUCUCACUUGACUUCUCUGAGCUGGUGAUUGCCCAGCAUGCUUUUCUCCACUUCACCGGUGGGCGGAGCUACAGCUCUGAUAUGAAAUUCCAUCUAUUCUACUAUGAUAACUACUAUUUCUCCACAGCCUUUCGUACAAAUUCAUUAAAUUCAAUUGUAUGUUUUUUUAUGAUUGGCCUAUGAAAGCAUUUUGUUUAUUAUUGUUACCGUAUCCUCACUGAUGAAAAUAAGAAAUACAGUUUACUUACUUUAAGAUGUUAUGUUUUCAAUCUCUUCAGGAUGGGCUGAAAAAGGAAGUAGUUAACGGAGCAGAGAAGAAGGCCAAGCGACGCCUGGAGAGGGAGGCUCUAGAGGCAGAGCGCAGGGACAAGGCCAAGAAGCUCCAGAACAAGAGACAGAAAAUGAACAAGGAGAAGAACCUGGAACGCAGGGCGGCCUCGACCUCAUCAUCUCCCCGCUCCGACUUUUCUCAGUCAGACGGCUCUGAAGAGGAGAUGGCCAUGUGUCCAGCAGAGGGAUGCCAGCAGCCAGAAGGAGAUGAGGUCUGAAUGACUUUUUAAAUAAAUCACUCGCUGAUAAUAUAAGAAAAUAUAUGAAAUAAGAUAAUUAAUUGCGAAAAUCUAAUUGACUGAACGCUAGAGUGUUGGAAUUCAAGUAAAGGAGAGAGGGACAGAAUGCCUAGCAGUUUGUUUCUUUAUAGUAGAAAUUGUAAAAUGAACUGAAUGUUCAGUUCCUUGUCUGGCUUAUGUCACUUGAAUAAGAUCUUCUUAGAUUUAUUUGGUGUUUCUUUAUUUGGCCUUUAUUUCAGGUGGACUGGGUCCAGUGUGACGGCAGCUGUAACCAGUGGUUCCACCAGGUCUGUGUGGGUGUGACAGCCGAGCUGGCUGAGAAAGAGGACUAUGUGUGUGUCAGCUGUACAAUAAGCAAUGGCCGCUGAGGAUUUUAGGAGAGUGGAUGGAGUUUUGGAAGGAAAGCUGGAAGUCGGACGGUUUUCGGCUUACUCCGUUAGCAACUCGGCCACACAAGUCAGGAUGUCAGACCUAGCCCUCCUUGUCCUCAUCCCCUUUGUAACAACGGUGCUAUCUCCUCUUUAUUGGGUUGUUGUACGGAACUAUAUUGUUUGGUUACUUUUUUUUGUAUUUUUACAUAUUUUUCUUUCCUCCUUUGAACUGUUUGUGGUUGUGACAUGAUGUGGAGUCAAUGUGCUGCAUGGGUUUCCAUAUCAUGGGUGGUGCAAAGGAGUCAAACAAUAAGGCACCCUGUAAAGAUCCAAGGGUAUAUUGUACUUGG